AUGGCUUCCGUCACACGCUCGACCCGACGACCUGAAGGCUUCCCACCUCACCUCAACGGACACACCCCCAUGGCACGCGCGACGCCGGCGCUCUUCCACCACCCGCCGCCGCAGCAACAGCCGCAGGCACGUCGCACGAAAAGGGCCAUCGAGGCCACAGAGCACGACUUUGCCACGGCCAACACGAAAAAGACGAGGAUUGCUGUCGAGAUCCUCUCCCGGCCCGCCGCAGUACCACCACAGAAGGUGCAGCCCCUCCCACAACCACCACCACAACAAGCUCGACCCGUAGCGGUAGCGGCCGCCCCUGCUGCAGCAGCGAGCAACAGGCCCGGUCUGCCGCCCGCCGAAGCAGAUCCCAACGUCACGAAACACCAAGCAAAAGUCAUCAAUGGCAUCAAGCACGAGCUGGAUAGGCUCCAGCCCGACAUGGCCGGCACAAAGGAACCUGCCCGAGAGCCUGGCCGCAAGCUCCGGUCCCAGGAAGCGACUCGCUUCAAGAGCGACCUCUCCGCCUACUUUCCAGACUAUGACGAGGUUAUCGGAAACGAGCCCAAAGAACAACAUUUAUUAAACAUGGACACUCCCAUAAUCGUUGUCGACUCCGGCUCUCGACGCGUCCACCAAGCUGGGUCCGCACAACCCCAACCCGAAGUGUUUCCCGUGCGAGGUUAUGGCGAUGCACUGUUCACCGAUGUCUUCGAUGCGCAGCAAAUAGAUUUUGGGUUUUUGGAAGCACAGUAUAGAAACAGAGCACUGGAGGAUCCCCUGCCAGACAGCACCUUUGAACCAAUACACCGACGAGCCGAGAGGGUCGAGAGAUCGAUACGCAACACCGAGAAAGGCCGCGCACAGCACGAAAAAGAUCAAAUUAUUCGACUUUUGGAGGGACUACAAGGCCAUGACUGGCUUAGAGUCAUGGGCGUCAGCGGAAUCACGGAGACGAAGAAGAAGAUGUUUGAGCCUGCCCGUGCCCAUUUUAUCAGAGGCUGCCAAGGUAUUCUGGACAAGUUCAAGAACUGGAGCUUGGAAGAGAAGCGCCGCAAACUGGAGAGAGAACGGACACUAGCUGAGCAAGCUCAAGAAGAGCUCAAAGAAGCUGAAGGAAUUGAGGAGCCAGAGGAUCAGCUGAUGGAGGAUGCCGAUGACAGCACGCCAACCCAUCAAAGCAGAAGUGAAGUUGGAGACAGCGUCGAUGAAGAAGAAGACACUUUGAUGAAUUCACAAGACAACAGUAGUGAAGCCUCCUCAUCGUCGCCAGCAAAGCAGCUGCAGCAGGAAGCCAUGGCUCGCUCAAAAAUAGCUGCCUCGAAACGCCAUCGAUCCGAUUCAGCAGCAACAACACCGAGGCAAUCCGAAACCCCAAAGGAGUUCAGGUCUUUUUUCAGCAAAAAGUAUGAACGCGAUGGCGCGCUCAACAAACAUCGGCGAGCUGGUCGAAACGUCCUGGCCUGGGGUCAUCCGAUACCGGACGUUGCAGAGACGGACUUUGAUUUGCCAGAGGAUUAUCGUGAUGAUGAGCUUCUCAAGGCUAGAGCAAGGAAACGUAGACGAGACAAGCGGGCAAAACCAUGA